GGUACGUGCACCCAUAUUGGCUCCGCGGAGGGGUCGUCCUGGAAGCAUCCUGGAAUUCGCUGCGACUUGUUGACACUCGGUACUGCAUUAACUACCGGGUCUCCAACAGACGAUCCAUAGGGACUACUCUGCAGACACCCCAAAGUUUACUGUUGAACUAGGUCCCACUCCUGCCCGUAGCCUGCUACUACGCUGGGUGGAGCAAGGCCCAACCCCUGCACGCUGCUACAUCACUUCCGCCAUCGACUCUCAGCUAGCAAAGAUGGCGGAAGAUCCAGAGGCCCUGCUGCAACUCCCUUCUUCAGCGGCAGCCGCCGCGGCCGGCGGCGAGAGCCUUUCGGAGCUCUCCCCGGAAACAACCACCCCCGAACCCCCAUCUUCGGCCACAGUCUCGCCGGGGACGGAAGAACCUCCCGGCGACACCAAGAAAAAAAUUGACAUCCUGCUGAAGGCUGUAGGAGACACCCCUAUAAUGAAAACAAAGAAAUGGGCUGUAGAGCGAACCCGAACCAUCCAAGGACUCAUUGACUUCAUCAAAAAGUUUCUUAAACUUGUGGCCUCGGAACAGUUGUUUAUUUAUGUGAAUCAAUCCUUUGCCCCUUCCCCAGACCAAGAAGUUGGAACUCUGUAUGAGUGUUUUGGCAGUGAUGGUAAACUGGUCCUACAUUACUGCAAAUCACAGGCGUGGGGAUGAGACACAGAUGAACAACUUGGUAUUUUCACAGAAGAAAAAACUCAGAAUUUUGAUACUGUGGGGAGAGACUUAAUGGCUAUCGAAUGUUCAGCAUGACUGCUAUGACUUGUGCUUAUGUGUAAGAGAGCACCAUAGAGUAAAUGGACUAAAAAUGAGGUUUGUGUCACCAUAACAUCGUCGUGAAAGAUUGACAUUACGGUGUGCCCGUUACCACGCAUUCCUGUUUCAGAUCUGCCUGCAAGGUUAGAAAGGAGACCCGAGUG